AUGAAAUAUAGAGAUUUGGAAAAUACUUGUAUUUAUUUGAAGGAAUUUGUCAGUUUGUUGAUGGAGAAAAGAGUUAAUGUAGAAGCGAGAUGGCACAAAUUUAUAAUGAACCGAGCCUUAAUUUAUAUUCUGGAUUCAUUGGCAUAUUAUAAUGGAAGAACUUCAAUUCCUCUUGAAAGAAAAUCUCGUUUCUUUGAACGCUUUACAGAAAUGAUGGUUGAAAUAUGGCCAUAUGUCAAGACCUCUCCAUACAGGAUCUACCUGAUGAAUUCUCAUAAAACAACACUUGAAACAAUUUUCUGCUCUCAAUGGAAGAUUUUACCACCUCUAUAUGAAGGAUAUCAAGUUGUAGCACAAUUUAAUGAACUAGUACUCAAUGCAACAGACAUGGAGUUGAAAAUGCUCAAGUAUUUAGCAGAAACAAUUAUUCCACAAUCCUCUCCUUCCCACUUUAACAGUUUUCAAGAGGCCAACCACUUUUUCUCCAUUACUAAUUCUGUCCAUAUCAAACAAAACACAACUCAACAGACAGAGAAGAAACAGGAAUACAUUAAGAAAAUUAGUACUUGGAUUAAGGACAAUCCAAUGUUGUCAGCCGAGGAGAUAUCAGCACUGGAGGUAUUGCUUGUUGAAUUGUAA